GUUCAGAAAGUCGAUUGGUUAGUUUUGGCGUUUUGGCGCGAGUUCUCGCGAGUUCAAUAAUGGCUUUUUCUUCUAUUUUCGUUAGUUUUAGUCAUGAACCGGACUAAAUCAAAAGAAAUUUAUAGUAUACAGCGCUUUGUUCACCCUUCCCUGGAGCCGAUUGCUGUUGGAAGCACCUUCCAGCGGAGCAGAUCGUUCAUGGAGAGAGACUUCUUAGCGGCAUCAUCAUCAAAUGACGGAGUACUGGACGCACGUUCUCGGUUUGAGGAGGUUUUUCUCUCGAGUCCCCGCGCUCAGGUGAGUUCGAUUAUACAGUCAAAUGUCCACAAUGCGGCCUCCAUCGGUCCACAUUUGAUGGAUAGCCGUUGUGUUGAAGGAAGACUGUAACAUGAUCCCCUAAUAAAUCAAAAUACCAAAACAUCUAAAAUAAGGUAUGGCCGCGUUCACACUAGGGAACUUAACUUUAACUGGGUCAUUUCCGAUUACUUAACAAAAGUUAGCUGAUUUUGACAAAUGGCAAAUGUGGUUCUGUAUUUUCGUGGUGGAAAACCGAGUGAUAACUGGACUCAAUGCAAUUUACACAAGAACAAUAGAUUUGUUAACUGAGUUACCGGUAGGUGUAUUGAACCUGAUCCCGUAUGGGCACCUAUGGACAUUGCCUUCGUCAUGUGUUUUCCAUCUAUUGCUGGGUUUUCAACGAAAAUCGUCCCUUGCCGAAGCAGCCACAGUGAUGACAAUGGAUGCAAGAAAAUCAAAAAAGCGUUUGGUCUAUGAGCAAAAGAAAAGCUCUGAAAAUAUUUAUGGUAGACUUCUUUCCUGUCAUUGAAUUACUGGCCUAACUGCCAACGGCAAUGUUUUCUUUUGUUUACUUAUAACUAUUUGCCACUUAUGCACUGUUUCGCAGGUUUAGUAAAACCAGUCUAACUGUGAUUGUACAUUCUGCAGGAAAUAUAUUCAUCAGCAGGACCUGUGCAUCAAAAGGCAGCAACAGCAAAGAGUUUUAAUAGUUUUAAUGAUGUGGUCAAAAUGGCUGAAUCGUUUCACAAUAAAAGCUCUACCAGUACGAGUCUUCAUUCAACCUUGUCUGAGAAUGUUAAGCCCAAACCUCCGGUCUGCAGCGCAAACAACAAAGAGUUUGAAGUCAGUCCAUUUAAACCAUUGGUAAAUGACAGUGCAAUUAAAAAGAAAGUAAGUAUGGUAAUAAGCAGACUGGAAAAUGAUGAUGACAUCACUCCUAUGGCGACUACAACAAAGGGUACGGAGACGCACCAUGUAGAACGAGGCUUCAGCAAGGAUUCUGGAUUUAAUGAUGCCCAAAGUGAUUCUGCAAGGAGUAGUGAACCAACAUUUACUACCAUUAGAAACAGGAAUACUACAGUUCCCCUUGGGAAUGUUGAAAGACAGUCAGCAAACGGCAAUGGUGUGGCAACCAUCGUUGAGGCUCAAACUGCUAACAGUGGUGAGGAGGUACACAUCUCCUUUGAUGAGAGCGAUGGGGAGGUUGAUGUUGUCACUGAGGAUGUACAAGUUGAAAAUCAUGAAAACAAUAAGACUGGUGGUGAAGAUAACAACGACUAUGUUGACAAAAACAAUAAUUUGAAUACAAAAGCAAAAGAUGAGACUAUAGCAAAGAGCCUCGAUAGCUCAACAGAGUUGAGUACAGAACAGGUUAGUCAAAAGGCAAAUCCUUGUUUUCAAAACUUCGUUGCCUCAUAAGCAUAUACCUUGCCCAAAUUGGUCAAAAGUUUUUAUUAAAUAGUUCUAUCAUGCAACCAGACAAGUUUUUAAAAAGUGAUUCUAUGGGUCAUCAGUACAUAUUCGUCAUUCUUACUACAUUAUACAUUUAUUAAGUCUACGGAUAUUAAAAGCUGAACAGUUUUUUACAAUGUUGGACUGCAAAGAGCUAAAACACUCAGUGCUUAAACUUUGGUUAUUAUUAUUAUUCAGACAUGUCACUUUAUAUGUAGUAAACACAUUUGAACAGUACAUCAUUUCUCCUUAGUCCAUUAUUUUUUACUCUAACAUAAAGGGCAAGAAAUAUAAUAAUAAUGGGAAGAAAGAAAGCUGUGUUUUCUUAUCUGGAUUGGUGUUAUACACGCGCGUUCAGUUUACUGAUACUUUUUAAAUGUGCCAUAACUGGAGAGACCUUACAUGUAUCAAAUUAUAUUACUAGAAGUAAGGCCUUCAUUUUUUUUGUACUUAUACUCGCAUUUACAUUUCGUCUUUAGCAGCAUAAGUUACCCAGGCUGAAUGUCCUUAAGCUUUGGUCGAUUAAAGCAGUAAAGACUCGUACACACAUGGGAAUCAUUGUUGAAGGCCAGAGAAGGUGAGAGUCUGUUUUCUAUGGCGUGACCAAUGCUUACUCAAUACUGACCGAUCCUCACUCAAUACUGACCAAUGCAUACUCAAUACUGCCAUAUUAUCACUGUUGUGCUAUCGUGAUCAUUGCCUUUGUCUCCUUAGUUCAGAAGAUUCAUGCUUCUUCUAUUUCUAUUAGUCAAAAUUUUUGUUUUGUACCUUGUGGGUUUUAAAUAAGUUUGGUCACCCUGUCUAAUAUUGCAAAACAAAUCAUUUAAUAACCAGCCUGUUUUUGGAAGGUUUCAAAUAAUCUGACAAAUAUAAAUCUCUGCUUUGCUUUGAGUGAACUGUUUUACUUUGGGUGCAUACCUAACUGCAAUGCUCUUUCACAUCAGUAUUAAAAGCAAUCAUAUUUUUGCUAAUUAGUGAGGACCCAGAAGGUGAACUAUGGCAUAGUACAGCUAUAGUAUCAAGAGUGAAUGCUAAACUACUCCAGACAAAAAGCGGAUCACAGUACAGGCUGGUGGGGCCUAUAAAUGAAACAGUCACCCUCCAACAAGGUAUAUACUUUGCUCAGUAUUUUACUAAAAAUAUACUCUUCUUAUUAUGCAAACGAAAGUGAUAUACCAGGUGAGCUUUUGCCCAAAAACAUAUUAUCUUCACACCUGAAAAUAACAUGUUGUUCACACGUGAAAAGAUCACCUUUGCUAUGGCUAGAUAAUAAUUCACACCUUUCACAGCAAAAAACUCUUGAAGUGAAUUUGUUUGGUAUUUCAUUGGCAAUUAUUUGGUAAAAUAAUAGAACAUUACAUGGUAACUUGGAGAUACGAAAUUUCUCUUCUCUUGUUGAAAUUAAAAUAUUUCACUCAUUAGGCGCUCACUCUUGAAAUAAUAUUAGUCAACACUCAAAGAGAGAUUUCGUAUCUCCCUGCACCCAUGUAAUAACUUCUAUUUAUCAUUGUUAAUAUAAAUAACUACCUAAGCCUUAACAAAGUAAUGAUAUUUUGGUACAGAAAAAAUUAACAGAGAAAUGUUAAUAUUCCAUUAUUUUUCAGGAUUUUCUUCUGAAUUUGUGAAAUCAUUUAAGUAUGGCUUUCCUUCAAACUGGCUUUCACUUGUUAGUGACCAUUUCAAUUCUCAAAGCAGGUUAGUUUUUCUUAUUUGUUUUGAAAGGGGUUGGGAAGAUACCCGUGACACUGGACAUCUGAGCCUCUGUAUGGGUAUUUAUGACAAAGUCAAAGUCGCGACAAGCGCCAUUUAUGAAGUGACAAUCUUAGAGAUAAAAACAACAAUUGCAUUACCAUUUCAAUCAAGUUUGUUAGUCAUGCAGUGACAGCAAAGAAACCCACAAAAAAGUGCACUGCAAGUUCAGUGUUUUAGUUUAUUACGAAAUCUGACUGUUUUAAAGAGGGUGGUUAUACUGAGCUUACUAGUAGUGUUACCAUGCAAAAAAUUCUCGGUGUGCGACAAUUUUGCCUAAAAACCAACUAUUUGAUGGAAAACGUGCAACAAAAUCAAUGUCCACAGGUACCCAUACAGAAGUUCACAUCUACAUUUUUGAACAAAACCAAAACAGUGCUACAAUCCUGACUGAAAUCCUACAUUUCAGCUCUGAAAGUGAAGAUGAGGAAUCUGUUCCAGACCAACUUGUUAAAAAAGAGACAAGACCCACCUCAAAAAUGAUUAAACAUUCCAAAACCACUGCUACUCCUCCUGGAUCCAAGGUUAAGAUAAAAGGAAAAGAUACAGGUAAAGCAAUACUUAAAUUAUGUAGAAUAAAAUUCACAUCUCAUCCUUCCGUUGUGUGUGUGUUUUUUUUAUAUAUAUUAAAGCAAUGCUUUAGUUAUUAAAUUUAAAACACGAGGCACAGCCUUUGAUUAAACAUAGACUCUGGGUUUUCUAGCUUCAAACACCUCUUAUGUAAAUUUUGUUACUCUUGCACAGAGUUGGGGUUGUUUUGAUCAAGAAGAUUAGACUUAAAAGUGUAGCUGUUUCUGUGUAAGAUAGAAAGACACCUACCAAACACUAUCUUUCUUGGUAGUUUUUUAUUAUGAAUUUUCAAACGAAAAGACAAGAGUUAACUCACUAAGCUGUAAAAUCAAGCUACAUGUAUCAUUUGAACAGAGUUCAAAUUAUUCAUUCCAGAUCGCUCUUUGGCUAAUCAUAGGUAAUAGUCCAUUUUCGAGUUCGCUAUGACCGCUGAAUUAAAGAAGUGAGACACAUUUUUUACAGUCUUAGCCUCAAUCUGAAGUAAUAUAUUCACAAAUUCCAAUGAGGAAAAGACCUGUUUAUUACUCUGUCUAUUGUGUAUAUUCAAAUUUCAAACACUUACUUGCCAGAAUUUCUGAAUAUUUUACUUUACGUCGAGGCUAACCCUGUAUGAAUGUGUCGUUAAUGUUUAUAUUCAGCGGUAAUUUUUAAUUUGAAACUAGACUAUUGGACAAAAAGAACUUGCUACAGUAAAUUGAUAUUCUUCCAUACACAUCAAUCACAGAGUCUUGAAAUGUUCAUGUAUUAACAUUUUUUGCCAACUUAUGUUAAGCUUUGAAGACCCCAGUAAACAGAAAACUGCCCAAAGAAGUGGAACUGAAGGUAAGGCAAGGAUGUUCCUUUUUUUUAAAGAUAUUCUUUGAUUAAUGAAGGUAUUACUGAUGUGAGGUAAACAAAAAAAUUUGAUUAAAAAAUUUAAAAGAUUUGCAAUGUACUCUCUAAUGUGACAGUAGUUUCAAUGAGACUUUAAAGUACAUGUAUUAUAGGUGAGGUGUGAUAGCGAGCUGAGCAAGGCUGUCUUUCAGCAGCAUGCGGCCCCUGGUGCUAACUUUUCAUCCUAGGCGACCAGAAAAGCUUACCUUUUUUAAUAGAAAUCAUAUUCUGGGCACCCUGAAUUUCACAGGUUCAGAGCAUUGGGCUCUCUUCAAUUUUUCUUUGAGCACAGCCUUGCUGAGAUACCAAUAAGUGGCAGUUUGAGACAACAUGAGUAAGCGUUAGGUAUGAACAACACUCUGCAGCCCUGUCACCACAAGGAAAAAUGUCAGGUGCUGUGGGUGCUAGGAACUGCUGUAUGGGGAUAUCCAUAAGAGCUGGCUGCCAUCUUAUUUCACCAACUGAAAAACAACUUACCACCGGCUCAAAUUGCUCUGAAAAAACAAAGUCACGGUGGACAUAGCACAACAUCGCAUUCGUUUGAUUCCCAUUAGUGACUUUCUUUUACUGCAAGUUGGGGAGCAAGGGAUGGCAUAGUGGUGAGAGCGCUUACCUCCCACCACUGUGGCCUGGAUUAAAAUCCUGGCAUCAACGCCAUUUGUGGGUUGAGUUUGUUGUUGGUUCUCUCCUUUGCUCCAAGAGGUUUUUCUCCGGGUACUCUGGUUUUCCCCUCUCCUCAAAAACCAACAUUUCCAAAUUCCAAUUCAACCAGGAAUCAUUAUUUAUUAUUUAUUUAAUUCUCCUACAGACAACAAGAAGUGGUCGAAUGGUGAAACCACCUUUAGCUUGGUGGAGAGGGCAGAGAAUUCUCACUGACAGGCACCACAAUUUAGAAGGUAUCGACCCUGGAGGAGAAGAACACACACCUAUUUCUCCUAUGUACAGUGUGGACUUCAAGUUGCCAUUGAAGGUAAGAUUACCUCCAACACUUUAAGAGAUGUCAAUUGCAUGGUCUGACGGAGUCAUUUCCUUCAUCCAAUGUACCCAGAACUUUUGGCUAAGCGUGAAGUCAAUACGGCAAAUAUUGGCCACAUUCUUUGUUUGUAUGAACCUCUUGACUAAUAUCAAGCCGUCUUGAUCAAAAUGAGCUUUAGUCAUAGAAGCCAAUGUGUUGUCCGUCAAGGUUUGUUUGAUUUGUCUACAUCGUAAGCCAGGAGUCAAAAGAUGAAAGAAGUUAUUAGGCAUUUGCUUUCACUGGCCUUAGAAAACAGGCAACAUUUCGCGACGCCAGUACCACCACUGGUUACUCUGUGAAGUGAUGUCUGUGUAUCAAGCUUAGAAAUUCUAUACUGAUGACGUGUCAAUACCAAGAUCUUGGUAGUGCUUCUGAUUAGUGGUGCCGCGUGGGAAAAUUGCUUCAACCAAUCAGAAGCACUACCCAGAUCUGGGUAGUGACAAGUCAUCAGUAUGGAAUUUCUGGGUUUGUUCCUCAGAUGUCAAAAAUGUUAUGUGGUGGCAUCCCCAAAAUGAGUAGUGCAACUAAAAUAACUAUUUACUGGAACAGUUUAUCUCAAGUUAAAGUUUUUGUAUCACUGUAUUUUUGUUUUGAUGUGUUUGUUUUGGUUUUGUUUUUGUUUUUUUAGAGUGAAAAAUCUAGCCCUGUCAAACAGAGCCAUUUUUUAUCUGAUGAUGAAAACAGAAAAGUAAGGAAGACUCACACAAAGAAAUCUUCCACCGAAGAAUCUGACAUCCCACCGCAGCCGCAGCAAAAAAUUAACAGCCCCAAACACCCCACUGGUGCAGAAAAUUCAGGAAAAGACAGGAAAACACUUAGAAGCCCUUACAAGGCUAUUGGCACAGAUAAAUCACACAAGUCUGGGGACCAAAACAAGAACGAUUCAAGGAAGGCUGGUGCAGAACGAGUAAGAGAUACUUCUAAGAAUGGGAAGCUUACAGAUGGUGUUGGAGAACAGAAUGCAAGCUAUGUGUUUGAGGAGAGCAGUAGUAGUAGUGAAGGUAGCUCGGAGGGAGACGUUGUGCAAAAUUUGAAGAAAAAGCUGUUCUAUUCGCCGAAGAAAUCGCCCGGAAAAAGCCAGAAUUCGGAGGUGCGAAGUGAGGCGGAGGUAAUGAAUGAUGAAGAUAAAAGAUCUGAUCAAAGCAGAGUUCUUGGAGGCACUCAGAAAAAGAAGACGGAGUCUGUGGGAAGAGGAAGUCCAAGGAAGACAGCGGAAACAGCCGUUAAUAAGAGUCACUUACCAAACAACGCCAGUAUUUCAAAGAAAAACACAUCAGCGGCUUCAGUAUUGGCGGAGGAUACCCAGAACAACCAAAAAAGAAAAUAUCCAGCAACUGUUCGCGUAAACUUUGAGGAGAGAAAUGUUGAACAAUCAACUGAUCCACAGAUUCCCUCGCCACCAAAGCGUGUUUUGCGAUCUCACGGUAAAAAAUCAAAUAACUUUAAAAAUGUCGAAAUGUCUGAUGCCGAUUCUGAGGAUGGUACUAUGACGAGAGGAAAGAUGAAGAGGGCCACAGCCAACCUCAAGACUUCAGAAAGUGAAUCUCGAGUCUCUUCUUGUGAAGAGCAAUCUGACAACAGUCGCCGUUCAGGGAAAGGCUCUAAGGUACCUAAUAAAAAGAGAAAUGCCCAAAAAAGGCCAGUUCAUGGAAGGGUUCAAGCACUAGUCACUGAAGCAACUACUCAGUCUUCUGAAGAGGACUCUGAUGAAAUGCCUCGCAAGCCUCCGAGGAAAUCGCAGACUCAUUCAAAAGUGGCAAAAACAAACGCAGUUACCCAGAAGAAUUCGGGGAAGAAGGGCUCAGGAAAAACGCAAGCAUCUAAAGUGUCCAAAAAUGUCAAAGACGGCAAAAAGCAGCAAAAUGUUUUAUCUGAUGAAACGCCAUGGGAGGACGAGGAGAUUGAACGACUUAACGAGUAUGUAGACUCGUGUUGUACCUUGUGGCAUAGACUUUAAGGGUCUGCCUUUGCGCUCGUAAUAAUAAGUCACAAUAGAGUAGCUCAGAAAUAUUAGCAAUCACUCAAUCCUGAACAAAGGUUAUUUUUCAUAACAUUAUGAACCGCGUCAAAUUUAGAAAGAUUUGUAUGAAGUCGUCAGAGCAUAAGUUGUCUAAUAUCCUGGGGACAAUUUGCCCCGAAAAGCUAGUUUUUGGCAAGUAGGCCUUUUAGAUUUUGUUCUUUCAGUAUAUCCCAAUAAAUCCCAUAAUUUCACAAAUUUAAUUUUUUAUGACGUCUCUAUUAGAGACCUUCCGAUUCCUAAGACUAAUAUUACUAAGUACAUGUAGUAGUUUGUGCGCGUGAACCACAGUCAUUUUGGCGGGAAAACGUGAUAGUCUUCGUCACUCUAUUAUGGAUUUUAGCGAACUAAUGGCGGAAACAACUCAUCAAAUGUUAGAAGUUUUAUCAAUUUGAAAUGUUAAUUUUUCUGGUAAAUUAAAAAAGGACAUAAAAUGAAGCUUUCUGGGGUGUCUAUUGUUUGAGAAUACGCGUAACAAACUUUCAAAUGUCGUCCUCGAAUCUAAAGGUCUCUCGUGGCAUUUACGAGAUUGCCGCGCAGAAAACUGGGUCAAAAUUCAUCCCCUUUAAGCAGUCCCACAGUGUACUGAACAAAAAACAGACAUAGUCGCACGUGCGGUUUUAGAAUGGCCAUUUUUUUCGUUUCAAUGUCUUGCAACCCCGAGUAAACCAUGAAUUCAUGGCUGAUCGCAGUAUGUUUAAUUUCCUUAGAGCCCUGUACACCAUAUCAGGUAAUACUCCAAUGUUUUGGCAAAAGAUUUCCAGAAAAGUUGGCUCACGAACCGCGCAGGAGUGUCAGCUAAAACACCAAGGACAUGUGCUUGUCUCUAACAAGAGGGAAACUUCAGCCAAGAAAACAUCGGCCAAGGAAAAGAACGCCCCUGCAUUUAAAGGUACCUUUGAGGAAAUGAUUUGUCGAGAAGGGCUAGGUGAUCGAUCUUUGCCGCUUUUAGCACUUACCAACUAGUACUGUUAUGCAAGGAAGGAUAGACGGUUGUAAAGUGGUCCCCGGUUUGCUUGUGUGGUUAAAAUCCUUUGGUGUGACCAUUCAAGUAAAUGUUGUUAGCCAGUGACUUUCACACAGUACUAUUUAUUAUGUUGUGUAAACAGGUUUCAAGUUUUGAGUGUUUGGAUAAAAUUCUAUGAUGUAACCAUCCAAAUGAAACCUCUUGAGCAGUACUUUCACCUAUCACUAUUUGUUUUUCAAAAUUUAAUGAAAAUAAGUUUGAAAUUUUCUUUUAUGAAGUUUGUAGUCUCAGCCUUUUGAGAGGGAAAGAAAUGCUACCUCCACUGACGCCUAGGUUUUUGUUUUUGUUUGUUUGUUUUUUUUUUUCAGGUCCGCCUCAACAGAACGUGAAAACAGUUUCUGGAGGUGUAGGGACAAUUAAACGGAAGCGAGAGAUUAGAGAGCUGCUUGAACAACAGGACAUGAACUACGAGGAUGAUAUCUUUGAUGCAACCCCUUUCAAGAAAAAGAAAGAUAUCAAGGUGUGUUGAACUGCUUUUCAGAUGAAAUCUCCUCAGCUCUUUUCUCUCUCAGCCUUUCAUUCUUCAACUUCCACUAAUAAACCAUUUUACAGGCAUGAGCUUAGUGCCCUGGCCUUUGAGUGGACGUGAGGCUGAUGUUGACAUUGUUUUGAUAAAAACUUCUUUACUUUUCUUAUGAAAAUUAUUCUAAAAAUACUAGUUAGGAUGAGAACGACAUGAUUAACAUUAUAAAGGAAGAAGUGUUGCAUCAAAACAAGGUUAACUCCACCCUGGUGUAAGCCUGGUUUCCACCUGUAGCUGUGAAAUGGACUGUAGGCCAUUUUCAAGUUGUUUCAAGCCUCUGUUUCACAGCAAGGCUAAGUGUAAAGCCAUUGACAUGUAAAUGAGUUUUAUUCUUAGACAAAUAAAACUAAUUUUCACAGCAAAGAGUUUGCACUUAGCCUUAUUUUUAAAGUGAGAGUUUUUUGAAACUCAGAAACGGCCUACUAGGGUCAAUUUAAUAAAACUUUUACAAUUAUAAUUUACAAGUGAUGCUGUUGCCUUAGAGUAUGAAAACAAUAUCCACAAUUAUAAAGUACAAUUGUAAACGUUUUAUUAAAUUGGCCCCUGGUAAGGCCUUCACGUGUCUGUGAGCAUAUUCUCGAUUUAAAAUGUUUCAGCUGCCGUUUAACCUGAACAGUAACAGCAGUGAUGAAGCUGGUGAUGAUGGCGAUGAAGAGGAGGAGGAAAGCGAAUCCGAGCGCGGCAUAUCCUACAAGACUCCAAGUAGCCGUACACCUAGCAGUCGAUUCAGACCGUUGGGUCCGUUGUCGACUACAACAACCCCCAGCUCAGAGUUCAUCAGCCCUAGUCUGUUACAGCAAGUCAACCGGUUUGUAUUGUAUUUUUGUUCGUGCGUCUGUCUGUUUGGUUGUCUUAAUUGCAGUUUAACUUGGCGCUAACCAGGCUGGUUACCCAGUGUUACAGAACUACAGAAGGAAGCAAAACUCUUCAUCGACGAAGAGAUGGAUGUGAGGAAAAGCUUCGCACUUCUCCCCUCUUUCUUACGAGAUUUGCUACGCAUACUGCGUGCUGCGUGUUUUUAGAAAUGUUUCAUUCAUUUCCAACUGACUGUCAUAAAACCAUAAUUUCUUUCUGGCCAAUCACAAUGACUUGAUAUCGACAACCCAAUAAACCAAUCAGGGCAUAAAGCAAAUACUUGUAGCCGGCGUAGAAGGCGGCAAAAUGCGACCAGCAAGACGGUCAAGACUGGUUUAAGUAUUACUUGUGAUUAGUUGAAAAUUGGUACAAGACAUUUUACGCCAAUCACGUAGGUUAGGAUCGUGUUGGGUAGGAUAGAGUAGGAAUCCAAAACCAUUGCCCUCACGAAAUUACUUGCGCCAUUCCUGUUCAUGACAUGAUAGUACUAAAAAUUUGUUAAUCUCAUUUCAGGAAGGACAUGGAUCAUUACAUCUAUAGAAUGCAACAAGGAAAGCGAGGAACACAAGCACAUGCAAAGCCAAAAGCAAAGGUAGACUGAAAAAUUUCUAGUUUACAAGCGACGCUGUCAUUUGCCCUUUGAUUACUUAUGGCAGCGCUAGCUGCGUCGUUGGAGCUCUGGUCUGCAGAGCGAAAAUUCGAAAAUUUCCUAGACCGGACCAGUACUCAGGGUCAGUUUAAUAAAGACAGCGUCAAGAUAGUGAUCGAGUCACAUUAUUUGCUCAGUAACGUUGAUUUUUAUAGUGAAAUCCGUUUUGAAAAAUUUCUUGAUUUUAAAAGACAGAGAUUUUGCCUUUUUUCCUUGUCGCAGAUGAGGACGUCAACGCCAAAGAAACCAGCGUCCUCCAGCAGCCAUCUGCCCGUGGUAAACUCGGAGUUAUUUGAAGCUCAUCCCACUUCAGACCACGACUCAGCAGAGGAAGAUAAUGAUUAUUACUUCUCUGAUGAAUAGCAAACAUUUGUUGAAAAAAAAAAAACACUAGAUAUUCUCAAAAAGUCACUGAAGAACUUGAAAGCUAACGUUACCGUUUUGUUUACUGAAAGUUUCAUAGGUUGACGACAGCGUGAUAAUUUAUUACCUGCGCUGUAACUUAACUUAAGAGUUUUUCAGUGUUCAGUACUAGAAAGUUCUCAUAGCCGUUUCUUUAGGCGGCAAAGUGUUCAAAAACAAAAAGGACGGAAAGAGGAAAACCCGUAUAUGUUGGGUAAAUGCAAGCAUAGUCACUCCUGGCAAGUAUCUUUCACAUUCGCUCUCCUGUUCUGUUUAGACUCAGG